AUGUCCGACGAGGAAGAACAAUAUAGUUCAUCAUCACAACUAGGUUUUCGUAGAAGUUCAGUUAAUACGUCGGGUUUGGCAGCAAGUUCGCUGGCGACAGGAUCACGCGAUGAGUUCUCUUCAGUUCGCUAUCCAACCUCAUCAUUCUCGCGCGAUUCUUCGCUCCGCGAUUCGCUGCCAACGCGACAUCAAUCGGGUAGACAAAACAGUUUUGGUGGACCUUCGGGUUCGUCAUUGAGUCCACGUGUUACCAGGGAUGAGCAGACCGUAGGGCUUCUUGAGCGUUAUGGGAAUAGCGGGGCUAGGAAAACAUCGGUAGGUGAGAGUCCCACAUCACAGUACCUAAAGCGCCGACAACAACAACAGCAACAGUCGGAAUCAGACAUCGGGUUUGGCGGCGUUUCCCAGCGUCGGCAAUCACUUGAAAAUAUGGGUGCAGCGGCGGGAAUGCUCGGCGGCGCGCUUCGCGAUCGUCCCGGUGCAAGUUCAAGUUUAUACGCCACGGAUCGCCCGAGUUCAACGCGUCAGCAGCCACACGAUGCCAAGGAUAUUACGCAGAAUGAGUACAUUGCACGUCUCAUGGCUGCGCACAAUCGCGUUGACGAUUUAUUGCGAUCGCGCGGGCUCAGCGCCGAAGAUGAGAAGAAAUAUUUGCGCGCUUGGGAAGAGAUACCAAUUAUUCGCGAGGAGCGAUAUCGACGUGUGCGAACACCGAGCAGCUCGAGCGACUCUGGUCUUUCCACAGAUAAUGAUAGUGAUCGCAGUAAUGCUGCGGCACCAGCAUCUGCUGAGCCAGAGGAAACCAGCACAUCGGAGAGUUUCAUUUUGACACGUUCUGAAGAUGAAACUCAAAUUCUGCACACAUGGAGCAGUCCACAAAUCGUCAAAGAAUAUGUGAGCUAUAGCGAAACCCUUCAUUCCAACAAUAUCAGGGCCAAUGAAGAGAAGAAGAGAGCUGUCAAAUCAAUUCCAACGCAUCCAGUUGUAGAACGAAAUCGAUUAACAAUUGCUGAAGCCGCUCACAAGGACUUGAAGAGUCGACGUCAUGAAAAACUGUGCACACAGGAGACAUUGCAUCUAAAGAAGAAGGAAAACGAAUUAGUUUCGCUAACAGUUGCUUUAAAACAUUCGAAGAAUGCCAACGAACAAGAGGCCAAUUGCCGGAAAUUGUUGCGGAAUCCUCAGUCGUCGAAAAAUGCACAAGCAACAAUUCCAGAAAGCCAAAAAACUGUUCGUGUUCGUGCUUCAUUCGAUUCGUCCGUUCUUUCAAAGCAAAAAGCAUCGAUUCCAGAGCGACGCAAAAGCUAUGAAAAUGCCGUGCGCGUACAGCAGAAAAAUGUUCUUGCCAGUUUGAAGCGGAAGAAGCUUGAUGCUGUUCCUUGUACCGCUGAGAUUUCCAUUCAACAUUGCAGCUUCUAUACGCAGCACGCGAAUCAGAAUUUUGCCGAGAAGAAUGUUCGACUCAAUCUUCGUAUGACCGAGAGAGCGCCGAAAGAGUCGAUGGCAACAAUUGUACUUCCCGCACCACCGCGAAUUGCGUUUGCUCGUCUUGACGUCACCGUCUUGAUGCAACUACCGCCAAUCCGAAGAACGAAGACGCAGGAAUUAAAAAGACCCAAGCAAAUUGGAAAAAUUAAUCGCUCAUUCACAAUGGAUCUCGAUAAGGAAGAAAAGGAGCAAAGAAAAGUCAAUCGGCUCAAGAUUCCGGAAUACUUUUUGCAAAGUAAUGCCGAAAUCAUGGAGGAUAUCAAGGGAGUCAAGAAUGGCCUCAAACGUGUUCCAAUCAUUGGCGGUUUCCUAAUUGCUCCAAAGCCAAAAGAGCCACAAUCAACACUGAAAAGAGCAGGUGCUAUUCGUCGAAAGCCAAUGAGCAAGGAUCUUGCCGCAGAAGUGCCAUAUUCGGACUUUUGUCCACCAAGUGAACCUGAUGCAUCAAAAAUACCAAAGAUUCGCAUUGAUCGACCACCGGAUCCCGAUCCUCCACCGUUACGAUCAAGACGUCCAGCACCAUUGCAAAACAAAUCAAAACUGGCAGGUUAUUUAAACUUGCAUGGCUCCCUAGCGCGGUCCGCGACGCCUAGUGGAGCCUUAAACAACGAGUCACAACAACAUCAACACAAAGAAUUCGCGGAGUUGUCAGAAACAGAUAAGAUACUCAUCGAGCGUUAUCGUUCCCGCAUUCAUAUACCUCGCCCAAGCGCUAUCAUCCGAGCAUUCUCACCAUUCAAUCCGUUCCGAGUGUUCGGCACGAAUGAUGCCAACAAUAAUCAGCAGACGACAUUUCUGCAACGCCGAGCACCCCGUCGAAGAUCGCCAACGCCAUCACGAGAGCCUCGACCCAUCCGUUUGAAACCCUCGCUGAUCGUGAAACCGGCGCCUCAACGUCGUCAUCGCCUUGAUUUCCAAAUUGAGUUGAAGCGUGUCGACUUUGAAAAGCAUCGCUUGCGUAAAAAGCCGCAUCAUCGUUUGAUUCGAUGGAUUCCACGAUGGCGGCGCAGAGGUACUGACGAGGAGGUCGAGGAGGUUGAAGAGGAAGAGGAAGAGGAAGCUGUUGAGGGAUCCGAAACUCGAAGCGAAAGACCGAAAACGAAAUCAUUUAACGAAGAUGUCGAGGGACUUACCGAAGGCGAAAAGGCUAUGGCUGCCGCCAAACGUCGUCAUCAAGAGGAAGACGAAGCCAAGCUCAUGGACUACGAAGAAAGACGGCGCAUUGAGCGCGAGAAAGAGGAAGAGGAGCUGAAGAAGCUUAAGGAGAAGCAAGAACGUCGUCGAAUCGAGCGUGAGCAAGAGGAGAAGGAAAUGGAAGAAAAACGCAAGGCGGCUGAAGAUCGUCGCCGCCAGGAAGAAGAAGAGCGUAAGGCGAAACUCGAAGAAGAGAAAAGAAGAAAGGAAGAAGAAAAGAAUAAGCGUAACCAAAUGAUGGGCGGUGGAUUCAAUUCAACUGGUGGAAGAAGCUUCGUCGUUCCUAAAAAGUCGGCACCGUCGAACGAUAAGUUCGGUAAUAUUGUGCAGGCAAAACAGGAGAUGGGAAUGACCAAAGAGCAGCAAGAGGACGCCAAACGAGGUUACAUGGCGAACAUUCGCAAGGGCAUUCCCGAAGCGUCCGACCUUCUUCCAUCCGAUCUGAAGCAAAAAAUCAAGGAGCUUCAUCAACGAAUUUGCAAACUCGAAGCGGACAAGUACGAUCUCGAGAAGCGUCACGAGAGACAGGAGUACGACCUCAAAGAGCUGAACGAACGUCAGCGUCAAGUCACUCGGAAUGCCGCCCUCAGAAAAGGCAUUGACCCAGCCGAAGUUGGAAACUCCAAGUACCCGCCAAAGGUGCAAAUCGUGUCCAAGUAUGACCGUCAAAUUGAUCGUCGUAACUUCCGUGAACGUCGCUCUGUGUUUGAUAAAAGAAAUGCUCAUCCGUGCUUCCCGGGAGUUGCUCCACCACCGGCUGUCUACGAAAAAAUAAUCAGCCCAGUUGAGACUGAAGAGGCAGCAGCCGAUGAGGAAGAAGAGGAAUGA